AUGCCUCGCCCGGGCAGGAACACGUACAGCGACCAGAAGCCGCCCUACUCCUACAUCUCGCUGACGGCCAUGGCCAUCCAGAGCUCGCCGGAGAAGAUGCUGCCCCUGAGCGAGAUCUACAAGUUCAUCAUGGACCGCUUCCCCUACUACCGGGAGAACACGCAGCGCUGGCAGAACUCCCUGCGCCACAACCUCUCCUUCAACGACUGCUUCAUCAAGAUCCCGCGCCGGCCCGACCAGCCGGGCAAGGGCAGCUUCUGGGCGCUGCACCCGAGCUGCGGGGACAUGUUCGAGAACGGCAGCUUCCUGCGGCGCCGCAAGCGCUUCAAGGUGCUCAAGUCCGACCACCUGGCCCCCAGCAAGCCCGCGGACGCCGCCCAGUACCUGCAGCAGCAGGCCAAGCUGCGGCUCAGCGCCCUGGCGGCCGGCGGCACCCACCUGCCGCAGAUGUCCGGCUACAGCCUGGGGGUCUCCCAGCCCUCCGGCUUCAAGCACCCCUUCGCCAUCGAGAACAUCAUCGCCCGCGAGUACAAGAUGCCGGGCGGGCUGGCCUUCUCCGCCAUGCAGCCCAUGCCGGCCGCCUACCCGCUCCCCAACCAGUUGACUACGGUGGGCAGCUCCAUUGGCACCGGCUGGCCCCACAUGUACAGCCCCGGCAUGAUAGACACGGCCACCCCCAUCUCCAUGGCCAGCAGCGAUUACAGUGCCUACGGGGUGCCCCUCAAGCCCCUGUGCCACGGGGGCCAGACUUUGCCAGCCAUCCCGGUGCCCAUCAAACCCACCCCGGCGGCGGUGCCGGCCCUGCCGGCCCUGCCAGCGCCCAUCCCCACCAUCCUCUCGAACUCGCCCCCCUCGCUCAGCCCGACCUCGUCCCAGACAGCCACCAGCCAAAGCAGCCCUGCGACGCCCAGCGAGACCCUGACCAGCCCCGCCUCGGCCCUGCACUCGGUAGCCGUGCACUGA